AAGGUACACCCGAGGUCCAGAAUUAGAGAGUGGCUCAGCUGGGAUUCAGCAUCUCGCCCAAGAAGGCCCACCAACAAGGAGGGUGUCUGAUCACUGGCUUUGGAUAAUGGGAGCCCAGGAAUCCUGGGGAGAGGCUGGAGUGGACAGGAGUCAGGGGCUUAUUCAAGCCCAAACAAGAAGCCAGUAAGGUGAGACCAAGGAUGCUGGGUCCAAAGCAAAGAGAAACGGCCAAGGUGGUGCUGACACCUCAGCCUUGUUAUGGCUGCCAGGGCCCCACUCACCGGGCCUGAGUCCCCAGAGGUCCCCUCCUACUCCCUUCUUCAUUCCCUUCCUCAGAGGCAGGUCUGGGGCUUGGCUGGGAGCUCCAGGGACUGAGGGAGCACAGCAGCUGUGGGACAGGCCACAUAGCUAAAACCCGGCGGGCCAUAGGGCCCCGCGGAGGAGGCCCCAGCAGGCGGACCAGGCUGCCCGAAACCUCCCUACGCUCCCAGCCUGUUGCUUAUUCAUUCAGAGUGGGAAAGCGCCAGCCCAGCGGCCAGCCAGUGCCGAGCUGGCCAUGUAAGGCCCCCAGGCGGUCCUGCCUGCCCGGUGCCCUGCAGAGAGCCUCGUGCAGCCCUGGGCACCGCCCCUGCCCUGCCCUGACCCCUUGGCCUCGAAAUGCUGUCAUCGGAGGAGCCGUCCCGCUCGGGACAAGGCCAGGAUGGACAAAGCUAGAGCUGGGGCAGGCAAGGAGCCGUCCUGUCCUCGAGCCCGUGGGAAGAGAAGCACGCACAGGGAGCCACUCCUGAGAGCCUCUCAGUCCACCAGGCCUCUGCAGAGGGGCCACCAUGGCUCUGGCCCCAGCCAGUUGGCAGCUGGGGGCCCUGGUGUGGGGCGCCUGCGUCUGCGUCCUGGUGCACGGGCAGCAGGCGCAUCCAGGGCAGGGCUCGGACCAGGGACGCUGGCGGCAGCUGAUCCAGUGGGAGAACAACGGGCAGGUGUACAGCCUGCUCAACUCGGGCUCAGAGUACGUGCCUGCUGGGACUCAGCCCUCCGAGGGUAACUCCCGGGUGCUGCUGGCGGGCGCCCCCCAGGCCCCGCAUCGGCGCAGCCACGGGGGCCUCCGGCGUCGGCAGGCCCCGUCGCUGCCCCUGCCCGGGCGCAUCGGCUCGGACACCGUGCGCGGCCAAGCGCGGCACCCAUUCGGCUUCGGCCAGGUGCCCGACAACUGGCGCGAGGUGGCCGUCGGGGACAGCACGGCCAUGGCCCGGGCCCGCACCUCCGUCUCCCAGCAACGGCACGGGGGCUCCGCCUCCUCGGUCUCGGCCUCGGCCUUCGCCACCACCUACCGCCAGCCGUCCUCCUUUCCGCAGCAGUUCCCCUAUCCGCAGGCGCCCUUCGUCAGCCAGUACGAGACGUACGACCCCGCGUCGCGGACCUACGACCAGGGCUACGUGUACUACCGCGGCACGGGCGGCGGUCUGGGCGCAGGGACGGCGGCCGUGGCCUCGGCGGGGGUCAUCUACCCCUUCCAGCCUCGGGCGCGCUACGAGGAGUACGGCGGCGGCGAGGAGCAGCCCGAGUACCCGCCGCAGGGCUUCUAUCCGGCCCCGGAGAGGCCGUACGCGCCGCAGCUGCAGCCGCAGCCGCAGCCGCAGCAGCCGCCGCAGCCGCCGCAGCCGCCGCAGCCGCAGCCGCAGCCGCAGCCAGCCGACGGCCUGGACCGCCGCUACUCGCACAGCCUGUACAACGAGGGCACCGCAGGCCUCGAGCAGGCCGGCACCGCGGGCCUCGAGCAGGCCUACCCCGACCCGGGCCCCGACGCCGCGCAGCCCAACGGUGGCGCCUACGGCGGCGACCCCCGCCUCGGCUGGUACCCGCCCUACGGCAACAUGCCACCCGAGGCCUACAGCCCGCCGCGAGCCGUGGAGCCGCAGCCCCCCUUCCGCGUGCUGGAGCCUCCCUACCUGCCGGUGCGCAGCUCCGACGCGCCCCCGCCGGCUUCAGAGCGCAAUGGAGCGCAGCAGGGCCGCCUGAGUGUGGGCAGCGUGUACCGGCCCAGCCAAAACGGUAGAGGUCUCCCUGACUUGGUCCCGGACCCCAACUACGUGCAAGCGUCCACUUACGUCCAGAGAGCCCACCUGUACUCCCUGCGCUGUGCUGCAGAGGAGAAGUGUCUGGCCAGCACAGCCUACGCCCCUGAGGCCACCGACUACGACGUGCGGGUGCUGCUGCGUUUCCCCCAGCGCGUGAAGAACCAGGGCACCGCAGACUUCCUUCCGAACCGGCCGCGGCACACCUGGGAGUGGCACAGCUGCCACCAGCACUACCACAGCAUGGACGAGUUCAGCCACUACGACCUGCUGGAUGCAGUCACAGGCAAGAAGGUAGCCGAGGGCCACAAGGCCAGCUUCUGCCUGGAGGACAGCACCUGCGACUUCGGCAACCUCAAGCGCUACGCGUGCACCUCUCACACGCAGGGCCUGAGCCCAGGCUGCUAUGACACGUACAAUGCAGACAUCGACUGCCAGUGGAUUGACAUAACCGAUGUGCAGCCCGGGAACUACAUCCUCAAGGUGCACGUGAACCCAAAGUACAUUGUUUUGGAGUCUGACUUCACCAACAAUGUGGUGAGAUGCAACAUCCACUAUACAGGUCGCUAUGUUUCUACAACAAACUGCAAAAUUGUCCAAUCCUGAUCUCGGAGAGGGUGCGCAGAUGGCCGACCUCCCCACCUCCCAAAGCAGGCCCUGCUCCCCAGGCAGCCUCCCGCCAGGACAGGCCCGGCCCGAGGGGCCCGGCCACCACCCACAGGCAGGGGCAGCUGGACGCUGGGAGCAUCCUUCCCUGCCUGCCUCAGGGAGCGAACGUGGACCAAAACCACAGGGAUUCCGGACGCCAGGCCCAGUUGUGUACUUAACUUUCCCCUACAGCGUGAUUUUGUUGGUUGUUGGUUUUUAUUUUUUAUAGUUUGGCCAUACCACAGAGCAAGAUUGCCCAGGCCUGGGCUGAAUAAAACAAGGUUUUUCUA